AUGAAAACAUAUGAAGCUCACAUCUGCCACAUUGAGGUGCCACAGCUAUCUGAAUUAAGACCUACAUUUCCCCCUGAAUAUUGUGAUACAGGACAUACACAGUUUAAGAAUAAAUGUUAUUGUUAUUGUUAUUCACAUCUCAUUAUGGCCUUUCUAUAUGGGAUCAUUACAUUCGAGUAUUAUCUGGAUAAAUCUACCCACAACCGUCAUCAGCUCAUCUGUGAUAAAUGUCUGAAUAAUGUGUAUAUGAAGACUCGGUUUUAUUUGUUUAAUAAAGCCGUACUUAAUUUUUGCAAGUUUGAUAAUUUUCUUGUUUUUAUUUAUAAAUCUUCACCGAUUUCUAGAAAAUCUCAAUUACUCAUCCUUGUCAAUAAUCUACUCAUGAUAUCUGUUCCUUAA